CGUAGAGGUAGUUGAUGACAGUCACGUGUAAUUGUUUGGUUGAUAUAUGCGUCUCCAGGCGCGUAUGCUUUUCCGUAUACACACGGCCAACCUUAGGAUCUUGAACCACAUGCGAAAUGUCAUUGUCAAUCAGCAAUCAUCGAUAUUGCGACGACGAUCACCAGGAGACUUCAUCUUCACAGUCAACCUCACAAACAGGCCUUGCCCCUGAGCAAUGAUAUACUGUCCAUACCUCAAGGACUUAUAGUAUCGCACCCUAGCACACCUUCUCACAGUCGCCUGCAUGCACCCAUUCUCCUCUUUGACUAUUGGAAUCUUUGUUGCGGGAUACAUCACAGCGCGUUGGGAUCUCGUCACUCGCUUGUAUGAGCUGUCUCUUUUUGCCUGGGAUCACGGCGUCAUUACUCGAGCGACCAAGGCCUUCGCAGUACUAUCGCUCAUCUUUGUCGCCCUCGCAAUCCCUCUCGAUCGAAUUGCCGCCCACGAGGCCUCGGUGGUUAGCCACUUCUUUCCUUUGAAGACCAAGCCCUGACCUUUGCAGCAUCCAAGAUCCCCCAUACACGGAAUAUCUGCUCGAGAACAAUUACGCCGAAGGGGCUCCUUUUGAUGACUCUUGCACCAUGAUACGAUGAUCGAUAGCAGCGAUGGCAUGCUGCGAGUCUUCUGGCCCAAUACCCUCAUUCGUUCAACUACCCCUGGGGUGAUUGUUGGUUGGCGAAAUUCGGCUUUGGAUUUGUUUGUGGUAACAAUACUUGAAGAUGUCGAGGUCCGAAGUGUCGAGUCUGCUCUUCGAAUGGGCACCUUGUUCAGGAACAGCCCAUAUCCAGUUGCCCGAAUUUUUCAACUUUGUGACAGGUCCAACAUGCAUGUUCUCGGAACGCUCAAUCACCCCCAUAUCCCUGACACAUUCGACCCCACCAAGAUUUGCGCCUUUAUCCUCCCCGAUAACCAGAGACCGUUUAUUUACUGUCCCGUGGAUGCUGGAUUGUCGGUGCAGGUUGUUCUAUUCGACCCGCCGAACCCGAAUCAGUUACAGUAUAUAUCACUUCGUCCAAUAUCCCUGACCCUUGGCCGCCCCACGGAACCGAAACCGAGCUCAAAGACAAUGAACGAGAUUGAGGUCGAAGAUGUCGAAGAGCGCAAACGCACGUCUCAGCUGGUCACCAAAUUACGCUUCCACACGGUCAUUAGACACGAUGCGACGCCUAAAGAAAUGGCUCUAGGAAGCAUCCUCCGCCAAAUCAACUGCGCGCAAGAGGUUGCCGAUCUGCUGCAGAAGAACUCACCCCUCGUCGGACCGCGUAGGAAGCGAAGUCUAUCAGUAAGCGAAAGAGUGGUUGAAUCGGCACAAUCACUGUACAGCUUCGCCGCAUGGUCCUUGUGGACUCUCUUCAUGACAUAUGCGUUCCCCACAUUACUGUGGGUUUUCAAAAUUGCUGUCAUCUGUCACCACAUCUUGGCUGAGGGAGUACUGCAAGUCCUCGAAUAUCGAUUGCCCUUUCAGAAGAGAUCGGACGACUCUUCUGUCCAACGAGAUCCAUUAGCCCUGAAAGACAUCUCUGCAUGCUGUCAGCAGGUCCAUCUGAGGCUCCAACAAUUCUCCUACUAUCCCACCCAAUAUUCUCUGCUACAGAAGCGCCAUGCUACAUGGUCAUCCUUUCCAACGACCAACAGUGACUACAUACGAUUCUACAAUUCACUGUGGUUGGUUGCAAACGAUGUCAUUAUUGGUAUUGCCAUGGGAAGUUUCAUCAACGAGAAUGCAAAGGCCACAGCGCAAUUUCUCAGUUACAACCUCGAUCAGUAUAUGAUUGAAGGACUCAAAAGCAUGAUUCGAUGGCUCAUGUCGUAUCCCGGUGGGCUAAAGUUGAACACCGAGCUGGCCGCAUUUUUGGGAGAUCUGUUUCUGUGGGUCAUCGAAUACUGGUCGUCUACAUUGUUGGUCAUGAUUCUCCCACGAUUACCCACCAUCGUGUACGUUAUCGGAUUCUCCUCGUUCGCGGGCGCAAGCAUGCCGAUCGCCAUCUUUUCCGACCUUUUGGGGUUGAUGACUCUUCACAUCUACUCAUUCUACGUGGCGAGCGCCCGAAUCUUCAACUGGCAGCUUACCAUCAUCAUCAGUCUAUUUCACCUGUUUCGAGGCAAGAAGCGAAAUGUUCUCCGCAAUCGAAUCGACAAUUGCGACUACGAUCUCGAUCAAUUGUUGUUGGGGACCAUUUUGUUUACACUCUUGUUUUUCUUGUUACCGACGGUGGUGGUGUUCUAUCUGACCUUUGCCUCUGCACGAAUGGCCAUCAUUACCGUCAAAGCGACAUUGGAUACCUGUCUCGCGUGUCUAAAUCAUUUCCCACUGUUUGCACUGAUGUUGCGUGUCAAGGACAGCAAGAGAUUACCCGGAGGAGUUCAUUUUCAGCUUCUAGAGACAGAACAAAUCCAACUCCCUGCCCGUGAGGAAGCACCAGAGACGAAAACAAACGAAACAGACAAAGGCCAAGACCAAGAUCAAGACCAGGACCAGGACCAGGACCAGAGUCAAGAAGAAGACCAAGAGCCCAUCUCGAUGAGUGUCGCCUAUGUCUCCUUAUCUUCGAUCCCUCUAUCCCUUCGACAGAUCUUUGAACAAUAUUUCCACCUCUGGGCACGGAUUCAACACCACUACUUGUCGCCCAAAGUCAUAUUCCGAUUACUGACAGGCGGCUUUGUGCCACCGUUGGGACGACACGAGAUGUAUGGAUUGCAGUAUUCUGCUCUACCUCGAGAGAGAGCCAGCGUGGCUGAAGUAUGGAAGAGUUUGAGUGAAGCGAUAGUUGAGAGUCCGUCCAGUACAUCUUCUUCCAGGUCAUCAACUUCCAACCUUUCAUUGGGGCAAUAUGGGAGGGUGAUUGGCAAGAGAUGGAAAUGAAUGAAUUUAUGUGUGUAGAUAUGUAGAUAUAGGGCUUAUGGUAUGUUUGAUGAUUCAUUGAUUUGAGGUGUAUAUAUAUAUGGAAUCCAUGCCUAUGUAAUGUAGUGUACUCGUUUGCUGAUUGUGUUGACAUGGGUUCGCAAUGAUGGACUCUGGA